UUCUGCGCACGCUCAGAUGACGGGGAGGAGGCGAUCCCACUGCAGCUGGUGUUUCUGUUGUAGUGACGUAAUGGUGCCCGUGUGCUGACUUCAGAUGGCUGUCUGUGCCAGGCUCUGCGGAGUAGGCCAGUCCCGAAGGUGCCGGAGAGGACAGCGGCAGAACCAGCAGGACCAGGGCAGCGACUCUGACAUGGAUGAGGAGGAGGAAGAGCGGAUCGUGGGCCGGAGACUGGGCGACGCUAGCUGCGAAGGAGGGGGCCCGAUGAGCGGAGGGCCAAACGGCGGCGGCGGUCAUGUCAACAGAGACGGCUGCCUGUCUGGCCCCGGCAACCCUGCGCUCCUGCACCCGCAGUCCCUGUCAGACCUGCCCCCGGAGCUCCUGGUGGAGGUCUUCUCCUUGCUGCCUGGGACCGUGUUGCCGAAUGUCGCUCUUGUCUGCAAGAAAUUCAGACAAAUCCUCAACACGGAGACCAUCUGGAGGAGGCGGUGCGUUAAAGAGUUCGGAAUGGAGGAGGAUCUCAGGCGGAUGGAAGUUGGGGGAGUUUCGAGCCGGGAUCUCUACGUCAAACUGCUUCAUCCCUACAGACACAUCCUGGGUCUCUGGCAGCCUGACAUUGGCCCGUACGGUGGUCUUCUGAACGUGGUGGUGGAUGGGCUGUUUAUUAUUGGCUGGAUGUAUUUGCCCCCUCAUGACCCUCGCGUGGAGGACCCCAUGAGGAGACGUCCCCUCUUUCGAAUCCAUAUGUUGGAAAGCAAUAAGGCCAUAGUGGAGUGCAUGUAUGGCCACAAGGGUCCCCACAAAGGAGAUAUACAGACGGUGAAGUUGGAUGAAUUCUCCACUAAAUGUAAUCAGACCGAUUACCACCGGAUGCCUGGAGGCAGACAGGAGGAAUUUCGGACAUGGCUGGAGGAAGAGUGGGGGCGGACACUGGAAGAAAUCUUCCACGAACACAUGCAGGAGCUCAUCCUGAUGAAGUUUAUUUACACAAGUCAAUAUGAUAACUGCUUGACAUACCGGAGAAUCUACCUGCCGCCUGAAAUGCCCUCUGCGCUGAUGCAACCUGGCCUCUUCAAGGGAACAUAUGGCAGCCACGGACUGGAGAUCGUCAUGCUCAGUUUUCAUGGAUCGUUUGCCAGAGCCACCAAACUCACGGGAGACCCCAAUGUUCCCGCGGGCCAGCUCACUUUAGACGUGGAUCUGAACCAACCGGUGACUCUACCAGACUUGGAGCGCCAGCGAAACAUAGAGGAACUCUCUCGACUGGUGUUGGGGAUCCACGAGCAAGUGCAGAGGGAGGCGGAGCAGCAGAACCCGAGCCCGCCUGCGACUGAAGCGCCUGCUGAGGAGAGGGAUUGUGAUGACGCAAGUGGAGCAGAGGAGAUGGGCGCAGAACGUGGGGUAUGUUUAGACGACUGCCAGCCUGGACCCAGUACCAGCUCUGGGCCUCCGGAAACUCAGCCCUUCAUCCUGCCGCUCGGAGUCAUGGCUCGCAAUGAGGUUUACCCGCGGACCUGCAGAAAGUGCUUCUACGGGACCGGCCUGAUCGCCGGACACGGCUUCACCAGUCCAGAGCGCACCCCGGGCCUCUUUGUGAUGUUUGAUGACGACCGCUUCGGUUUCAUCUGGCUCGAGUUGAAGUCUUUCAGUCUGUACAGCCGCCUGACGGACCAACUGGCCCACGCUCAUGCCCCAAACAUGGAGCGGUUCGAGGCCAUGCUGCGCAACAUGCAGUCCUGGACUUCUUGAUAAAUGCAGCUCCUCCUGCAAACACAAUGGUACUAUCAUGUCAGUCCAUGGACUUAUCUAUAGAGGAGUUUUACUGUUCCAAAAAAAACAAAAACAGUGAAAUCAUUCGUCCCCUUUACACUUGCGCUGCUGUUCCCAUGCGAGCACUCACUUUGAAUGACUUUGCCCCUCCAGUGCAGCAUGACAACAGGUCACUUUUUAUUUAUUUAUUGGUGAGGAGAGAAGGAAUGGUACAUUCAACCACUUAUAUGAUAGAUCAAACUGUAUUGUGCCUCUAACUCACGUCUGUACCCGUGUUUAGGUUGUUUCAUGUAUUAAACCCCAAAGUAUUAUUCCGAUUCCAGUGCCCACUAUUAUAAUGCAUGCUGCUCUCAACAAUCUCAGCCAAAAGUUUAGCAGCGAGUGAGGACUCUCAGAAAGUAAUGGUAGUCAGGCGCCGCAUAGGUGUCCAGCAGCUCCUCACACUGAAGCUUUUGGCCAUGGCUAGGUCGUGUCUUGUGCUAGCAUAUGUAGGGCUCUGCUGAACCUUGUGGAAGUAUAGCGUUCACUAUUGACCCCCAAAUGGAUUUACGUUUGAUCCCAACAUGGCUUCUUGGAGCGACAAUGGCUAGCAGCUAUGCCGAGGCGUUUCCUUAUCUAUUUGGGCACCUUUACCACAGUGAGUGUGACCCAUCCAAGUACGCCUCCUUUUUGAGAAGUUCGGUUGGACGUUUGUUGGAAUUCACUUUAAUCUGUGAUGAAUUGUCAAGAAUCUACGUCGGAGGAUUAGGGCCAAACACACAUACAAAAAUAAUAAAAAUAACAUUACGUGAUUAAAGUUGUAAUAUUACAAGAUUAAACUCGUAAUAUUACGACUUUAAUCCCGUACUACUACUACGACAUUGAGAUUAAAGUCAUAAUAUUGCAACUUUAAUCACGUACUACUACUACAACAUUGAGAUUAAACUCGUAAUAUUACGACUUUAAUCACGUACUACUACGACAUUAAUCUCGUAACGGAGACGCCUUGUCGUGUGGUGCUUUCCGUGGAAUAGACCCAGUCCUUUGGGACGUUAUGAAGCUGGUUCGGGGGGAACUUCAUGACCCAGAAUGCUGCAGUGUUGAAUGAACAUGUGCUGCAUGUACCAGGGGGAACCGGGCAGCAGGUAUUGGUUAACUAUGUGGAGCUGCUGAUAAAAAAAAGUUGAUUCUAAAACGUGAGUAUACCUCGUCUGCUUAUAAAGAAUAAAGCAAGACACAGUGUUUUCAACAACCGUACACUAACUAUUAUUUGUUGUUGAUGGACCAAAAGAUUAUGGAUUUCCUUAUUUAUAAAACCUAUACCGGAGUACAGCUUCACAAGGGGCUCUGCGUUGUUCAUUUUGACGGAGACAGUGCAGCCUCAGACUCUUUUACCGUCAGACAUCAGUCACAUAAUAUUACGAUAAUAAUCUUGUAGUUAUAGUACGUGAUUAAAGUCCUAAUAUUACGAGAUUAAUCUCAUAAUAUUACGACUUAAAUCACGUAAUGUUAUUUUAUAUAAAAUAUAUAUAUAUAUAUAUAUAUAUAUAUAUAUAUAUAUAUAUAUAUAUAUAUAUAUAUAUAUUUUUUUUUUUUUUUUUUAUGUGUGUUCCUAAUCCUCCAUCGUAAGAAUCAGUGUUUAUUAAACUGGAAAAUAGACACACAAAUAUUAGUGGGACAAACAAGCAAGAACACACAAAUUCUUAUCUUCAAAAUACUGUAAUAUUCCCAAGUGACAAUCAUGACCCAGAGACCGCUGCAUCAGACCAUUCUGAAGGUUAUUACCUGUCAAGUACUUCAUUUCCCCCCAGUUUCCCUCCUCAGUCCUUUUACAGUUGAAUCAAAGGCAGUGGUUCUCAAAUGGUACGACUUUGGUGAUGAAUGACAAGCCAAAAUUACAUUUCAUCUCAUCCUGUUCCGCUUAUUCCCUACUGGAGUCGUGGUCCGCUGGAGCCCAAUCCCAUCUGUGUGGACUAUGCCCUAAACACAUAGAGACAAACUUUCACACUCACAUCUACGGACAAUUUAGAGUCACCAAUUCACCUCUGUAUGUUUGGUUGCGACAGAUCGCUCCCAACGCGUCAAAUAGCUUCUAUUAGCAAGUGAACUUUUGCGCUCGAAAAGGGCACUUCAAAAGGUGGGACCACUAACGCCAGUUUGUGAGGCAGAGGAGAGGGCUGAUGCAUGGGUCUGGUUUGAGGGCUGGAUAUACAACGAGUCAGACACAAUUACAAAACGUGAAUGGUCCACCUCCCAAUGGCACUAACCCCAAUCUCCAUCUUUCUUUUACGUGAUGCGUUGCCUGUUGCCUCAGGAUCUGGCACGAAGGAGGAACAUGUGAGUCAUGCGUUAAAAUGCAACAUGGAAGAAUGACUUCAGCGUCACUGUUUGAAGCAAAAGUCCAAUUGAAAGUAGUCGCACGCCUUAGAAGUGGGAAUGAUUUAGAGCUAGGAUUGGGACCAAACUGCAGAACAAACAAACUCUACACAGGUGGAUUGGGUUCCACUUUGACAAAGUUUAAAAACCGUUCAGCCCUGUAAAAUCAUCUUUGCGGUCCACUUUUGGGUCCGGAUUAAGCUGUCGGGACUCACUGAUCUUAGGGUCAAACUGCGACUGGUAUUUCAGAAUAUGGCCGGCUAAGAUCAGCCUCUCGACUGAGGUGGAGUGUGUUCCAACGCUGUCCAGAGUUCGUCUAUCUUUGGGUCCUUCGCUUGUCUGAAGGACUCUUCAUAGCUGGUGAUGGCUUUUGGGAAUGUCUUGCUCUUCCCUGAGAAGGUCUGUAGGAAGUUUCUAUGGAGAGCAAAGCCUGGCCAUCUUUGCUUGGACUGCUGCCUCCUUGACACGUCCUACUGACCAGAAUAGUGGAUGUAAAAUGCUCUGCUUAAAGAAGUAAGAACAUAGCUGCGGAUUUCUAAACAAUGAUAAUAAUCUAUCAUGCUGCGCUUUUGCAUCAGCAUUUUUUUUUUUUUUUUGAAGGUUUUGCUCUACAGGCAGCUAAGAGUCCAGCGCGAGGUGCCUUUACCGACUAGUGCAGUUCAACCUGAACUGACCAAACAGCGACCUUCCACACCUACUUCCAUCUCUUUUCACACCCAGCUUGAGUUAUUCCUUUCGUCAACUACUGUACAUUCGUGUUCUCCCACUCUUACUUUAUCUAUCAUGAACCGGUUCAGUCGUCGGCCCUAAAUGUUUGGCUCUUAGUUGUGUUAGAUUGUGGAGGCCUCAGAUGUGUUAGUGAGCAUCUUCCGUCCCAUCAACCACUCGACCUCCUGCUGCUUUGCUUGUCAACACAAACUUCAAAUCUGCGUUCGCUUGUCAUCCUGCAUCGAUCACUUAUUAUGUGCCACUGCCAACCUGCUGGUAGACUGUGAGUUGGUGAAGCUGUUUUGCCAGGUGACUAUACACACCUGUUUAUAAGCUGAAUUGAAUCAAAAUAUGAAUAAUAAUGGAUGUUUUGGCUCUUUAUUUUUGACAUGUGUUGCAUCUGUUUAUUGAAAAUGGCUUGUUAACUUAUUUUAAACAAACACUCGCGAACCGAACACACACAGCUCAGUGAUGGCAUUGUGUCUCAUCGUGGCCUAUCGGUGAUGCCCAGUAGCUUUUCCUCUCCAAGUGCACUUUUCUGGGCGGAUUUGUGAACCUUUCAAAACCACAGGCCAGCACUUUUAUAUCAGACUGCAUCUUUAUUGACGUUUGCAAAGAAGAAAAAAGGAAUCUUUUAAUCUCAUGACAUGGAAUACGCUUUAGAUCCCAAGUAUUUACGUGUACACUGACCAUCUGUACUGUGCAUAUUUGAAUGAUUUGCAUUUGAAAGGUGUUGCUUUUACUGUUUUAACUUGAUUUUGUGAAUUCUGUUCGACCUCAUUCACUGCUAUUUCAGGGAGCUUUCCAGCUAAACGCUCUUCUCAGUAAUAAAGAUACGCUAAAUAUGCGUGUGAGUGCUCCUUUAUUGCGG